GAGGAGGUUGUAAUGGAUCUAGUCGUGGCCCUGGUCCUUGGUCUCUCCUGUCUGCUUCUCCUCUCAGUAUGGAGACAGAGCUCUGGGAGGGGGAAGCUCCCACCUGGUCCCACUCCUCUCCCAAUUAUUGGAAAUAUUCUGCAGAUGGAUUUUAAGGACAUUAGCAAAUCUUUAACCAAAUUCUCAAAAGUGUAUGGCCCUGUGUUCACUCUGUAUUUGGGCUUGGAGCCUUCUGUGGUGUUGCAUGGAUAUGAUGCAGUGAAGGAAGCCCUGGUUGAUCUAGGAGAGGAGUUUGCUGGAAGAGGCAGUUUCCCACUGUCUGAAAAAGUUAAUAGAAACCUUGGAAUCCUCUUCAGCAAUGGAAAGAGAUGGAAGGAGCUUCGUCGCUUCUCCCUCUUGACCCUGCGGAAUUUUGGGAUGGGAAAGAGGAGCAUUGAGGACCGCGUUCAGGAGGAAGCCCACUGCCUUGUGGAGGAGUUGAGGAAAACCAAUGGCUCACCCUGUGAUCCCACUUUUAUACUGGGCUGUGCUCCCUGCAAUGUGAUCUGCUCCAUUAUUUUCCAGAAACGUUUUGAUUAUAAAGAUCAGAAUUUUCUUAACUUGAUGGAAAAAUUCAAUGAAAACCUCAGACUUUUAAGCUCCCCAUGGAUCCAGGUCUACAAUAUUUUCCCUGCUCUCAUGGAUUAUCUCCCAGGGAGUCAGAACACAAUUAUUAAAAAUUUUGAUUAUGUAAGAAGUUAUGUUUUGGAGAAAAUAAAAGAGCACCAAGAAUCUUUGGAUGUCAACAAUCCUCGGGACUUCAUUGAUUGCUUCCUGAUCAAAAUGAAAGAGGGAAAGGACAAUCAACAGACUGAAUUUACCAUUGAAAACUUGUUAAACACUGUAACUGAUGUGUUUGGAGCGGGAACGGAGACAACAAGCACCACUAUGAGAUAUGGACUUUUGCUCCUGCUGAAGCAUACAGAGAUCACAGCUAAAGUCCAAGAAGAGAUUGACCAUGUGAUUGGCAGAGAUCGCAGCCCUUGCAUGCAGGACAGGAGCCGCAUGCCCUACACAGAGGCUGUGUUACAUGAGAUCCAGAGAUACAUUGAUCUCAUCCCCACCAGUCUGCCCCAUGCAGUGACCUGUGAUGUUAAAUUUAGAAACUACUUCAUCCCCAAGGGAACAAGAAUAAUAACAUCACUGACUUCCGUGCUGCAUGACAAUAAGGAAUUCCCUAAUCCAGAGGUGUUCGACCCUGAGCACUUUCUGGAUGAGAGUGGCAACUUUAAGAAAAGUGACUACUUUAUGCCUUUCUCAUCAGGAAAACGUAUAUGUUUGGGAGAGGGCCUGGCCCGCAUGGAGCUGUUUUUGUUCCUGACCACCAUUUUACAGAAUUUUAAGCUGAAACCUGUGAUUGACCCCAAGGACAUCGACACCACCCCCAUUGCGAAUUCAUUUGGCCGUGUGCCACCUUUGUACCAGCUCUGCUUCAUUCCUGUCUGAAGAAGGGCUACUGGCUGCUGCUGUGCCACACCUGCCACUUCUCCUCCUUGGAGGCAUCGUCCCCCUUCUCACUCUCAGGGAUACCUUCUCUCAGCUCUGCCUCACAUCCCCAUCCCCUCCUGAUCCAGUGAACAUGCAGCCUUCAUUAAGGAGUGUUUUCUGGAUCACUGCAUAAAUAAAUCUGCCAUUCCCUGUACUCUGUAACUCUUGCAUCGACCACCACAGGUUCUAAUACUCAGUUACUAAUAUGCUAUCAUGGUAAAACAGCACAAUAACUAAUCUAUGACAAUUCGGAGCCAUGAAUUCCCUGCAUGUUCUGAAUAAAAUGUACUGUUGUUGCUGGA